GUCCCGCAAAUAUCUGGGCGGUUACGGUCACUCAUCAUGCGCGGUCACGCGCAGCGCAGGCCGUCAGCCUCCAGAAACACAGAGCCACGCCGCGGGCCCCAUGCCAGCCAGCCACUGAUCACCUCUGCGUUGCGUUGCGUUGUGCUGAAGCCGCACACCCGCCCCUUUAAAUACGGCCUCGGCGCUCCUUUCCCCGGCAGAGACGCGACCUCGGCAAAAAGAAACACCUCCCAACCUUUGCUUGCUUGCUCGCGCCGCCAAGCCCCUCCACAGCUCGCAACAGUGCCAGCAACACAACUGGUGCAGCUGCGGCCGCCGGUUCCGAGUUCCGACGCCGGCGAGCUGGUCGACCGAGAGGCCAUUUCCAAGAUGAACGCGCCCAGCUCGUGGCUGUUCGCGGACAACUCCAAGUACAGCACCCGCGCGCGGCUGGUCUUCAUGGGCCUCUCCUUCGCCAUCGGCAUCCUCACCUUCCUCAUCUACCUCGCCAUCUGGUACACCUGCAGCCGCCGCAGCCGCCGCCAGCGCGGCGCGGGCGCGGCGGACCUGGAGGCCGGCGCCGCGGACACGGCCGCGGCCGAGCGCGGCAUGAGCGACGCCGCGAUCGCCGCGCUCCCGACGUUCGCGUACGAGCAGGCGCAGGCGGACGACGCCGCGGUGGACUGCGCGGUGUGCCUCGGGCAGCUGGAGGCCGGCGAGAAGGCGCGGCGGCUCCCCAAGUGCGCGCAUUUGUUCCACGCCGAGUGCGUCGACGCCUGGCUGCGCGCGCACUGCACGUGCCCCAUGUGCCGCGCCCCCGUCGGCCUGGCCGCCGCCACCUCCUCCAAGAAGGACGGCACCACGGAGACCACCCCGGCGCCGGCGACGGCCACAGCGACGACAGAGACGGCGGAGGCGCUGCCACCUGUUUAGGCUGCGCGUGGCUGCAGGCUCGCCGCGUGCCUCGGCACAAGGCUGAACUGAACCGCACGAUUGGAGAAUAGCUAACAGUGAGUGAUCGGUCGACUAGCUAGCUAACGUAGGACGUAUAUAGAGGCCUAAUCGAGGUGAUUUAUUUGGUUCGUACGUACGUGUACAGAAGUAUCUGUGACGUCGAUUGUAUUAUUACUAUCAUCCUCACUUCUAUUCUAGGCGAUUUUUGUUUGAGUAAA